CAGCAGCAGCAGCAGCAGCAGCAGCAGCAACAGCAGCAACAGCAGCAGCAACAGCAGCAGCAACAGCAACAGCAGUCGCAGCAACAGCACCAGUCGCAGUCGCAACAACAACAGCACCAGUUGCAGCAGCACCAACACCAGCCGCAACAGCACCAGCAACAAAAUCAACAGCAGCCGCCUCCUGUGCAAGGCCAACAGCAUGUUCAGGCACCACCACGCUUGGCCCAGAGUACUCAACAGCCUCAAUCACCCCAUAUAGGUCAGCGCGCUUCUGUGGGCACGCCCGCAGAACCGCCUGGACUACGGACUCGAAAACAAUCCAAUGCUGCACCUCCCACUACCAAGGCUCCGCCUAUGCCGCAGAAGAAAGCUUCUCUUCAGGCCAACGCCGCAUUAACGUCAAGUAGUAUUCCCGAGCCAAUACAAUCAACGUCGCCUGCCCCUCUACCCAAUACAGCUCCUCCACCUCAAGCCCACCCACCAAGACCUACCUCCAGUGUACCUCCAGCCUCAACUCCGGUUGCAGUCCCACCCAAUGUUCCCCCUAUCACCCGAGCGCAGCCUACUCCCGUUCCCUCCCGUGCAUCUCCACAAGCCACAAGGUCAUCAACACCUGCCUCCAGCUCCUCGCCCAUUCGUCCUGAUGCCCCACAGGGUCCCGUGCAUCCAGGCGCACAGCCUUCCGGUCAAUACCCCCAAAAUCCAGCUCUUCGGCUCCUGAAUGGAGCUCCGCGUACUCCCCAACAACUCCAAGCUACUACAUCGCCUGCCGCCAAUAAUCCGCAGCGGCCUCCUCAUCAGCAACCUGGAAGGACAAUGCCACAGACAGCCGCGACCCAGCAGCCUGUUCAGAUUCCCCAGCAGCAGCAACCGCAACUGCCACCAACGCAAACUUCCCCCCAAGCACAAGGGCCUUCCCCUUCGUUCACGCCACAACAACAACAAGCUUUGCAAGCCAGAAUUUUCCAGAUACAGCAGCAGCAAUUUGCUUCUCAAUUUGGCUCAACACCAGGGACAAAUAACGCGAAUCAGCUGGCACAAUUUCAUGCGCACGCUCGGGCUCAGCCCCAAGCACAAGCGCAGGCACAGACACGAACGCAGACGCAGGCGCAGGCGCAGGCACAGGGUCAGCAACCAAGCCAUCCUGCUGGGGUGCAAACUCCGCCCCAGCAGCCCCAGCAGCAAGCGCAACCACAGCCCGCUCGACCACAGCAGCAAGGACAGCAUCAAUUCCCUAGUGCUCAGCGUUUCCCCAUUAACGGGACUGUUCCCGUCCCAAUGAUGGUGAUGGGCUCGCAGCAACCUAACGGCCUCCCAAUUCAAAUUGGGGCGUUCAAUAGUCAAAUGGCUGCUAUGAUGGGAGGUGCAAACGCGGGUCGAAGUGUCUCACAGAACCAGCAGAAUGCCGGACAGAUGCAUCCUAGUAUCAAUUCGAACAUUGGUGCCCAACCUCCUCGGCCGAGUUCACAGAUGGGUGUGCCCGGAACUCCACAGCGUGGACCACCGUCAAGUGCUCAGCAUCCCCAGACCCCCCAACAGAUGCACACCGGCGCCACCCCUAAUCCUCAACAGGCCGGUAUGCAGCAACAACUUCAGAUGCUGAGCCUAAUGCACCCUGGCAUCAAUAUGGCUGGGAAUCAAGCACCCAAUGGUGUCGGUUUUACUGCGAUUGGUCAACACAACAUCCCUACAGCCAAUCUCGCAGCAUUUCAUCCGAACAUAGCGUUACUGGCCAACGCACGGAAUCAGGCAGUAGCAAAUGCCGCGCAAAUGCAAAUGGCUAGUUCACUUCAGAAUCCGGGAGGUGCUCAGUUCAAUGUAGCGCAAAUGAAUCCAAAUCAAGUUCCUGCAGCUGCAUGGCGUCCUAAUGGAAGAACUCAGGUCCCGCUUCCCCCAGGCGCUGCACCGCAGAACCCCCCACCGCCCCCGGCGGCAGGUCGAGGAGGGCGGUAAGCCCCUGUUUCAAUGCCAACGUGUCAACACUUCUCGUAUGUUCCUUCGUAUCCUUUGUCGUAUACCUUGAAUUCACAUUGUACAUAUAUUGCAACCAUUCCGAGUUAGAAGGAUCUACGAGAGGAACAAUUCGGUAAGGAUGUUUAUUGUAUCCUCAGGACUCGACACGGAAUGUCCAAUAGUCCUCGAAUCGAUAUAAAUCUCAUGGUCAUUUCCCCC